AUGGGCCGGGCUCCAUGCUGCGAGGAAAUGGGCCUGAAGAAAGGCCCGUGGACUGCCGAAGAAGAUCAGAUACUGGUCGGCUACAUAAAUCGGAAUGGCCAUGGGAAUUGGCGGGCUCUUCCCAAACGGGCCGGCCUGCUAAGGCCCAAUAUUAAGAGAGGCAAUUUCACUUCGGACGAAGAGGAAAUCAUAAUAAAUUUGCAUAUGGAGCUAGGAAACAAAUGGUCAGAAAUAGCAGCAAGAUUGCCGGGCCGUACAGACAACGAAAUUAAGAACGUUUGGCACACUCACUUGAAGAAAAAACUCAACGGAAAAUGUCAACCCGAAUCAAAAACCAAAACCCGGAAAAAUGAAUACAAUAUUUUUUACCAAAAAAAUAAUGAGCACGCCGGCCAAAAUUCGCCGGCACAUUCCUCGGGCGAGAUCUCAUCGGAAGCCGCCGUCCUCACGGCUCGUGGCGGAAGCUCCGGCGAAUUUAACGUCUACACGGCGUCGGAUUCUUUGACGGACGAAGAGUUCUGGUCGGAGAUUCUCGCCGGAGACGAGUGGAGUGGCAAUAGCGAUUUGUUAUCUGGCAAUAGUGAUUGUGGGCUUCAACCUGCGAAUUUGUGUGUUUCGGACUUAGAUACGGAAAGUGGUCGUGAUUUUUGGUACGACUUGUUUUGUAAAAGUGAAGAGUUAUCGGAAAUGUUUUGA